ACAUAAAACCAAAGCAGGAGGGGGUUUAUGAAAUUGUUAUAAACUUCAGGGAGGUCAGAACUUGGACGUUGCUGUGUACCGUUCCCGACUAGGUUGUAAGAAGGGAGAGGCAGACAGAGACGAGAUAGAGAGAGAAAGAUGGCAGGAGUAGGAGAAGCUCAAAGAAGACAAGGGAGGCCACUUCCUCCGGCGAGGCGAGGCCCACCUGGCCCUCCUCCUCCUUUAUCUAAAGCCGCUCCUCGCUUUGAACCCGUUGAUCGCGAGAAGAUUUGUCCAUUAUUGCUUCGAGUUUUCACAAAGAUUGGAGGUCAUCAUUCUGAUGCAGACUUUGCAGUGAGAGGCAAGGAGCCAAAAGAUGAGGUCCAAAUUUAUACAUGGAAGGAUGCUACUCUCCGUGAGUUAACUGAUCUGGUUAAAGAGGUAGCUCCAGAGGCAAGAAGAAGAGAUGCAGUGCUGUCCUUUGCAUUCGUAUAUCCUGAUAAACAUGGGCGUUUUGUGGUUAAAGAGGUGGGGAGAACCUACUCGUAUCCUAAUGGGAGACGACCUGACAGUGGCGGCAAGGCAUUGGGUGAACUUAGCUUCCAGAUCGGAGAUUACUUGGAUGUGGCAAUCCUGUAGCAAAACUCUGUUGUGUUCAGUGUUCUGUAUUUACUGUAAUGUUUUUAGAUUCUCAAAGGUUUUCUUGCUCAUGUUAUCCAAUUUUGAUUGAACUGAUGAUGCCUUUUAUGCCGAGAUAAUAUUUGUCAAGCGAUUCUACUAUGUUACAUUGCUUCUGAUGCAGGGUUGUGUAAUGAUCUUAGUUGGGGAAAAAACUUAAAGCUUUGUGAGGCUGCUGUUAUCUCUUUUUUAUUUUUAGAAAUCUCUAAGCUAUGUUUAGAUCUUGGGUUUGUGAAUGAAAACGAAAACGGCAAAUUACAUGCAUAGUCAUUGUAAUUUGUUUGUUGCGUCA